AUGGGAUUUUUCUGGGUGCUCCCACAUGCCAUUGAUGUGCAAGCUUAUCGUUACGAUGUAGCAAGCAAGCAAGGUGAAGGCGAGGCGACCCGUGGCAAAAAGUGUGGAGGACCGGGAGAGUACGGUGCCGUGGUCAACCAUGUUAUAUGGGGCCAAAUGGGGGUUGCAGUGAGGGCACAAGAAUUGAAGCUCCAGAGGGUGCUCAAGUUAUUAGCAGCAGGAAUCACUGCGUUCGCCAGAACGUGGACUCCUGUCACAGUCCUAUCUCUAGCCAAACUCACCAUGAAGGUGGUCAUGCUUAUGGCCUUGGUAUCAGCCCAACGUGUGCAGACAUUACAGAAGCUGCGGCUAGACAGGAUGGAGGGUGGCAGCAACUUCAGCGGCCAGGGCGAGGGACGUUCCUAUAGACCAUAUCCUCGCGGCCGCAGGAUGGUCCAUGCAUUGGAAAAUGCAGAGGAUCCAAGACUGUCUAAUGGGAAUGACAAAGUUUGUAACAGAAAACCUGAAUCCUAUUUGAAUCAGAGAAUAACACAUACAAGGAAAGUUAAGCUAAAGAGAAAGAAUACAUUAGACAGUUUAGGAAUCAAAAGAAAAUUAGAAAACGAGGAAAAAUUCACCAGCAAAAAAGAACUGAAAAUAGUUGAACAUCAGGAUCCACCAGUUAUUCAGUCCCUCAGUCGUGUGCCCUUAAAAAGUGUAAUGGAUGUCGAAAUGAAAUUGGUUUAUGUUGAUGAACAACAGAUAAUGUAUGAAUUUGUGGAAUCCCAAGAAUACCGAAGUGCUGAAUCAACAUGUGAAGUUACCAAAUCAGGAGAAUCUACAAAUUCCUGUGCUUUAAAUUUGGCACCUCAGAUGGAUAAAUGGCUUGCUAAAGCUUUGAAGGAUGCAAGCUUUUACUACCACCAGAAGAAGUACUCAGUAGCAGCAGGACGAUUCAGAACAGCUUUGGAGCUGUGUAGCAAAGGAGCCGUUCUAGGAAACCCAUUUUAUGCAUCUUAUGAAAAGAUUUCGAGCAUUGCUAGUUUUAUCGAAACUAAGCUUGUAACUUGUUAUCUGCGUAUGAGGAGACCAGACCUAGCUCUUAAUCAUGCUCACAGGAGCAUUUUACUGAAUCCAAUUAACUUUCGAAAUCAUCUUCGUCAAGCCACAGUCUUCAGUUGUUUGGAGCGAUAUGCUGAAGCUGCAAGAAGUGCUAUGAUUGCUGAUUACAUUUAUUGGCUGCAUGGAGCAAAGGAACAGAACAUCAGCAAACAUGUCAAGCUAUAUUGGCAGUGAGGAGAAGCCAUGUUGGAAGAGGGUAUCACACAAGCUGAAACAUUUUCAGUUAUGUACACACCAUUUGCAGUGAAUCCAACUACGGCACAAAUAGAAAAAAUAAAAGAAGUUUUCAGGAAUAAACAUCCUUCUUAUGCCAACUACCUUUAUGCAGAUCCUGGCACAAAUCAUAACCUGCCACAGACAGUCGAUUGGUCUGAAGCCUUUACACAACGCUACAUGCUGUUACUUGGUUUCAAGAAUCCAGAGGAUGGAAACUUUUUGGAAAAGAUCAUAAAUAGAAGGUCACCAACAUUCACAGAAUCUAGAACUCCAUUUUGGUCACUUACUGUAAAAGAAGUUGAGAAGAACAUGGAUAUCCUUGGGAGGAGGAUCCUGCCAGUUUUAGAUUUUACACUGUGCACUAAACUAGCUGUGGGUAUAUUAAUUUAUUAA